UUUCUGCAGCUCGUGUUUCCUGCUCGAGUCUGUGUUGUUGCGCACACGGUGAAUUCACAUGGCAUGAAAACACAGAGCUUCAUUGUAGUCCGUAUUUAUCCACAUUUAUCUUCAUCAGUUUGAUCAUGUCAGCAUCAUUGAUCCGAAGAGGACUUGAACUGUUUAGCGAUAAAGAUGGAGUGAAGCGCACACAGAAGCGCGGCGGCGCUCGUCAGUCCGCGCUCAUGCAGCGGAUCAGCAGCGACAAACAGGGCGUUCAGAGGCGGAUCCGGCAGCUGCAGAGACCCGGAGGAGCAGCGCGGAGCACCACCACAGUCAAAGACAAACGCAUCCGCUCUGCUCUGGACGUGUACAGAAAGAAACGGAAGAGGAGUAAUUAUGGAACAAAUCUGAGCUAUUUCCGGUGCAAAGCUAAUAAAACUCAAAGCAGCCACGCAGCAGAGAUUGUAGAGAAGAAUUCCAGUCGCCGUGCUUGUCAUCAGCCGGAUCAGCCUGUGAAAAAAACGGCUGAGAAAUCUGUCUUCACCGAGGCGGAGUUCCGGAAGUUCCAGAAGGAAUAUUUCUCAAAUCUCUAGUGGACUGUUGUAGAACAGCAAUAGAUUUGAUCGGAAUCUUCCGGAAUGAUCUCUGACUGAAGCUGGAUUGCAGAUAUCAUGUAUUAAUAAUAUAGGAUGUUUUUUUUUUUUUUUGUAUGUUUCUUUAAAGAAUUUUUAUUGUGUAUUUCGAAAAACAAGGAAGUGGAAAUUAAACAGGAGAACCUCGUAGUGCUGCUGUAUUAUUAAAACUGAAAGUUAAUAAUGGUGUGAACAGAAUGUUUCUCUUUCAAACUGUCAUGUGAAACAAAACUCCUGAAAUGUUUGCUUAAGAGCUCUGAUCCCACCAACACAUCCAGUCUGUCGCGUGUCGAGAGCCUUUAACAGAAGAAUGCAGUGUGUCUGGACGGACGAGACCUUCUUUAUCUCGGUGGGAGUUUAGAAAGAGGUCUGAAACAGAAAACAGACAGAUGCAUGUUUGGAGUUGAAGAUUUGUUUGUUUUAGAGCUUACCAUUAAGAAAUAAAGAAGCUUUACUCGCGA